AUGCUGGCCAUUUGGCGCAAAAGUGAUGUUAGCCACACUUCUGUACACACUAAUCGCCAUCAUUUAUGCCCUACUGUGCGUGCCGAUGACAGUGAGAAAGCCGGUGCGACUAGUCCCACGAGUGACGAAGAUAAUCGUAACAGUCGCAGCGAAAAUUGUGCGAUGCUGCUGCUUAGCCCUCUGCCGAAGACUCAGAUGAAGAGGCAGAACUUAUCGCGACGAUUGUAUUACAGCAGCUCUGGCCAUACUGACGAUUAG